GGGUUUCAGUAGACAGACUGCAGAAGUAGCAGCAUCUGUGGGAGUGAACCAUCCAACUUCCUCUUCCUUGUACAAGUGAUUCACUCUGAAUUUACUCCAUUAUAUUUUGUCGGUUUGACCUCAAUGGUUACAGCUUGGUUUUUUAUUUUGUUCUGCUAUCAAGCUGGUGACAGAAACAACUUUUUUUUGGAAUAGAUGUUAUGAACAACUAUUUUUUUGCCCCUUCCAAGUUUGUCAGAAAACUGAAGUAAACAACAUUUCAACAUGCUAGCUACAGGAAGUGUGUCUCUGCUACUCAGCUCAUUUCUGUUCUGCUUCUGUUUCUAUAACCCCUCACAUGCUUUUUCACUGAAAAACUGCAUAAUUCCCUAUCCUCAAGAGGAAAAUAAUACAUCCAUUUUAUGCACAGACCAUGACCUCACUGCUAUUCCAGAUGACAUUCCCAGAAAUGUAACAUCACUGAAUCUCUCCUCAAAUAAGAUUUCAAACAUCACCUGCAAAGAUUUAAGAGGUUUAGCUAAGCUCAAAAUUUUAAACGCUGAAAGUAAUGUGAUUGUACACAUUGAUGAUGGAGCUUUUGCAGACUUGGCAGAGUUAACGGUUCUAGUCUUGGCUAGAAAUAACCUCUCAAAGGUGACAGAAAAUAUGUUUCGGGGUCUUUCACAAUUAAAAGAAUUAUCUCUGAAUAAAAACCUGAUCUCAUCCAUCUCGCAGGCGGCUUUUCAGUCCCUGGUCAACAUAAUCUCAGUAGAUCUGAGCUACAAUUCUCUGUCUGAAAUUGCAAUUAUUGCUCCAGUAUUAACACUUCCACACUUACAAAAUUUGUGGAUUGGGGGAAAUGAUUUUACUUCUUUCCAGUCCUCCGACCUGCCUUUAAAUAGCUCAAACAUUAGGGAACUGGAUAUAAUUUGGUGUAAACUCAGAAAAUUCAGUAUUACAAAAGACAUGUUUCCUCAUCUGCAGUUACUGGACUUCAGGAGAUGUAAUAGUAAGAUUGAAUGGAAUGUAACAAACAAAACAUUCUUGAGGAGCCUAACUUCCCUCUACUUGGAUGGGAAUAAUGUUACUUUUGAGGCAUACAGCAAGAUGCUAAAGACUGCUGCCUCACUUAAACAUCUUAAACUGUACUUCAUGAAAAUUCCGAUAAAACGUGGUCUUAUAGAUAUUGCCUGCCAGAUUCCUUCUCUACACAUUCUCGAUAUAGGGAGUAGCAAAAUUACCCACGCAAAUGAUAGCCUGCUGCGGUCUUGCUCCCAACUUACUGAGCUUAGUUUACCUUUUAAUAAGAUGGAAACAAUGUCUGAUCAUGCACUCCAAUCAAUGACACAGCUCAAGCACCUGGACCUGCAGAAGAACGUUUUAUCCAAAGUGCCGCUUGCUCUCCGGGGACUCUCCAAAUUGGAAGUUCUGGACCUGAGCUUCAAUGUCAUCAGCGAACUCAACAGCCCUGACUUUAAUCAUCUGAGGGCACUCAGACACCUCAAUCUAAACCACAAUCGCAUUUCCCGAAUCACACCGCAUAUUUUUCAAAAUCUGCCUAAUUUGAAAGUCCUGAAAAUAGAAACGAAUGGAAUUUUUUCUUUUGAGCAUAGCUUCAAAGGAAAUUUAGAAAAACUAAAAUAUUUGUAUUUGAACAACAACACUUUGGCAGAUUUACAGGAAGGAGACUUCAAAAAACUCCAUUCCCUCGAUCACUUGGAAUUACAAUCAGACGACAGUUGCAUUGAUCAUUCGGGAAUAUUUGAAGAACUUAAAAGUCUCCAAACUCUUAAAGUGUCAUGUAGGGGUUACGUAAAAGAGUAUUUUAGGGGACUAACAAACUUAAAUACUCUGGUCUUCCAUAUUACCAAAAAUCAGAACAUACAACAUCAUGCACAUCCUUUCUCAUAUUUAACCAAAUUGAAGAAACUUAUUAUCUUUGAUAAAAGGGAAACUCACGAGGAUAUUCCGUCAGACGUACUUAGUGGUCUGACAUCUUUAGAGUACUUAUGGAUGGAGAAAUUUUUUAUGGGGUCAUUGCACCCCGACACAUUUAAAUACACCCCCCAGCUGAAGUCUCUGAAGAUAUCUAAUAGUGAGCUUUCAAAUUUAACAUCUGAAGUGUUCUGGCCGGUCCCAAACCUGACAAUGCUCGACUUCUCUAACAACAAACUCAGAUCUUUGGAUUUCCUGGCUGAGGCUAAACUGUCGGCACUCACCUGGCUGAAACUCAGCGACAACACAUUGACACUAGUCAGUCAGAAUGUGAUCAGCUCCCUCCCUGCUUUGACCUAUCUGGAUCUAGCUUCCAACCGCCUAACAUGUGAAUGCUCUAGCAUUAAAUUUAACGAGUGGAUUCAAAACAGCAGCCAGACACAGAUCGUUAAUGCUCACCAGUACACUUGUGCAUUUCCUGUGAGCCAACAGGGGAAAAAAUUCCUGGACUUUGAAAUCGACUCCUGUCGGAUGCAUGCUAAUUUUCCCUGCUUCAUUUCUAGCUUUUUUCUAGUUGUGCUUACUCUUCUUAUAUCCUUCAUUCACCACUUCCUGAGGUGGCACCUCACCUAUACCUACUACCUCUUCCUGGCCUUCCGCUAUGAUAAUAAGAGGAGGAAGAAAGGUAUUCCUCACAGCUACGAUGCCUUUGUCUCCUACAAUGUUCAUGAUGAAGCUUGGGUCUGUGGAGAGUUGCUUCCAGAGCUGGAGGGUCAACAGGGCUGGAAACUCUGUCUGCACCACAGAGACUUUGAACCAGGUAAGCCCAUUGUAGAAAACAUCACAGAUGCCAUCUAUAACAGCAGGAAGACUAUCUGUGUGAUCAGCCAGCAUUACCUGCAGAGUGAGUGGUGCUCCAGAGAAAUCCAGAUGGCCAGCUACCGUCUGUUUGAUGAACAUAAGGAUGUGUUGAUCAUGGUGUUUCUGGAGGACAUACCAGCCAAGCAGCUGUCUCCAUACUACCAAAUUAGGAGUCUGGUGAAGAAGCACAGCUACCUGAGUUGGCCACAGGCUGUUCAGCACACUGGAGUCUUCUGGCAGAAAAUACAACAAGCUCUCAAGAGAGAAGAAAACCCUGCUGAGCACAGGUGCCUCCUCACUGGCUACCAGAGAGUCAUCCAGUGAGAUUUACCCAGGUGGAAAAAUCAUAGAUUGUAUAUAUCAAUCAAUCAAGUCAAAAUGCAGUGAAAUUGGACCCCUUCCGACCAUAGAUACAUAGCACAAACAUCACAUUGGAAGACAGGUUGGAGAGAGGUAGAAUGGUAAGAACAACAAUGAAAAAUAACAUCAGGGACAAAAGGAGGACAAACAAACUCUACUCAAACUGAGCUACUAACUGGUAGAGCAGUUUGAGGACAGUAAAAAAACACCUCAGCGCAGAAAAGCACAUGAAUCUUCACAUCUUAUACCAUGUAAGAAGGAUGCGACAUGCAAUGGGGGGAAGCCAUCGCCAGCUUAUUGCAAACAAACUGCAUUCCAGUUUCACUUCAAUUUCAAUGGUUCUAGAAGGGAAAACAGCCCUGUGCUGCCUUGACCUGUGACCUCAGUGAACACUUUCUGGUCUGGUGGACUUUCCUGGAGUGAAUGUGCUAUUUACUUUUUCUUUUUCUUUUUUUGCCAUUAAAGUAUAAAUAAAACUUUUUUUCAUCAUUGAUAUGCUUGAAAGAAAUGCUAUGAUAAUAUGUGUUAUAACAUAGCAACAUGGUAAAGCUGUAAUAAAGGCAAAACAAUGUUUUUA